AUGGGGAAGCGCAAACGUCCGUGGUUGAUGGACAAAGACCCCGAGAAGCACUCGAAAAUGGAGAGUGAAAAGAAAAGAGUGAAACAGAAGGAACGCGCGGAACGGAACAGACAGUUUCGGGAGAAGCAAAACGAGUGCUUUGAAGAAGGCAGCGGCGGCAAGGAGGAGGAGGAGAAAACUGUUGCGUUCGACGAGCGUACGAAUUACGGCGUUGCUGCAGUGGACGAGAACGACAGAAGAUGCGAGGAGGACGACCAAUACGAGGAAGAGAAGAAAGAGCACGCAAGGGAAAAAGGAGCAGCCAGUUACGAUGAGUUUGAAGCGAGGAAAGAGCUGAUGCGACAGAUGAAAUUGACGAGACCGCCGGGGAAAAAGAAGAGCAAUUUGAAGGAGCAGGUGGGAGGAGGAGGAAAAGGAGGAAGAAAAAGAGACGGCGACGACGACGCCGACGAAGAAGAAACUUUACUCGAAGAGGGGGAAAAAGAUAUCUCGGCAGCAUUGUUGCCUCAAAGUCCUCUGUUAUUCUUCUCCUCAUCCUCUUCCUCAUCGAAUGGAAAAGUGAUGGAAAAUAGUAAAGCGGUCGAACGCGCUCGAAACGACGCGACGUCAAAUAUUCAGCACUUUGCGAGAGUCAAACAGCUCUCGAAAGCGACGCAAACGUUUAAAAAUUUAGUCGAAAAUCAACGAAUUAAUCCGUCGGUGUAUACUUAUUGCGCGUUGUUAAAUGCCUACGCCAACGCAGGGAGAACGAAGGAUAUUGAAAUCAUUCUCAGGCGCAUGGCGAGUGAAACCAAACACAAAGAAGAAGAGAAAGGAAAAGAAGACGCAAUCUUACGACCAGAUUGUAAACCAAAUGUGGUUGCUUUUACGAUGUUAUUAAAAUCGUACUUGAUCGAGUGCGAUGUGAGAGCUGCCGUGAAGCUCGUCGAGAGUAUGGCGGCGGCGUCUACGACGAGUAAAGUUGGCAGCGAAGAUGGUGAGGAUGAUAUUUCUCAAUGCGCGUGCGGCGUUGGAAUCGACUCGAGAGCUUUGAAUACGUUUUUCCGGGUUUGUUUGCGCACCGGAGACGUAUCAUCUGCGAUUCAAUGGACGGGUACGAAUGUUGAGGACGUAUUAGACGAUACGUCAAAACUUCUCCUGGCAAAAAUGUACGCGCAGUCGUUUCGUCGGGAUUUGUUAAAGCGAGAGAUUGAAUCCAUGCAAACAUCCAUCGACGACUGUUUGAACGGAAAAGGCGUGAAAGACGGCUUAAAGAAUGGUAUCAAAGAAAGACAGGCACCGACGUGUCUAUUUUGGAAGAACGGAGAGUGUCAACGCGGUAGGAUGUGCAAAUUUUAUCACGAUCCGAACGUAAAGCAAAAAGUACCGGAGAAACAAGAGAUUGCGCAAAAAUACGAUUGUCUGGCGCAAAUGUACGGCGGGUUAGCGCGUUUAGAAGCGAACGUUGCACUCACAACAACAACGACAACAGAUAAAAAGAAAAAGAGCUUCGUAAAAGCGUGUUUGAAAGCGAUAAAGUCGUGCGAAAAAGCGUGCAAACAAGCUCGCGCAGUUAACGAAGGCUCGGUCCAAGGAGAAGAGGAAGCGGAAGCGGUGGAAGAGGAAGAUUUAGAACUAGCGGACCCACACCGUCGCAAACUCUUUCGUAAUACAAAUCGCUCGGAACUUGAGCGCGACAUGGCCAGAUUGAAAGACAUCGUCAGCAAGGAGGACGGAGACUCUUCUUUUCCUUCUUCUUCUUCUUCUUCUUCAAAAGAUACAACGACAACAACCAUCGAUGACUGUUUUUCCAGGUGCCUUUUGUUCACCUCAAAACUUGGCGAACUGGUCAACAAGAAAGACAGUGGCAGCGUUGGCGAAACGUUGUUUCAAGAACUUAAAAACUCUUUGGGUUUAGACGAAGUUUUCGUCAAAGAAGAUGACGAAAAGAAGCGCAAGGACAAACUCAGAAAACGCUUGAAGAAGACAAUCGAUUCGAAGACUGGACAGAUAAACUUUAAGAAGCUCUUCCACGGCGUGCAAAAGGAAGCAAAAGUGGAAAAUGAGAUAAGCCUCGAAGUUGCCGCUGGAAACGGCGAAUGGGCUUUAGCUCAAGCCGCCGCGAGCUCGUCGUCUUCAUCGAACAAGAACAAAAAAGUCUGGAUCGCGAGCGAGUUGCGCCGCGACCGUUCUUGCGAUAUCUUCAACAGAAUUUGCGUUUCAAAACUUCGAAACAUCGCGGUCGUUUCCGGAGAUGCGUUUCGUUUACUCAAUGAAAGCAUUCCUCCGAAUUCAUUGCAUCGAAUCUUUAUUAAUUUCCCAGAACCGCCGCAUCACUCCGGAGACGAAAAGUCAAGAAACGAUAAAGCGUUGUUGAAUAAAGAUUUUUUCGUCGCCGCACACAAAGCGUUGAAGAAGAAGGACAAAAACGGUGAUGGUGGAGGAGGACUAACAAUUUAUUCUGACAACGAAAGGUACAUGCACACCUUAGCAAAGAUGAUAUCUGGGCUCACCGUCGAUGAUGACAAUAUAGCGUUUGAAAGCGAGAAAAGUUACGGAGCGGACGAGUCGAGCGAUACGAUUGAAGCGUCGUUUGAAAACGUAGAAGGCGUUCGAUUAUACACCGGGUCGGCUCCAGGCAAAGGCUCUGGAUUCGAAAAGUACGAAGAAAGUUUCUUCGACCGGUUUUGGCAAGCCGGGAGUCGAAUCGAACGGUAUUUCAUGGUGUUUUCGAAACGCUAA